AUCGGAAGUAAUGAAAACUUCCCUCUUCCAAUUGGAAUUUCGUGGUCCAUCGUUCUUCCGCCAUCAAACAGCGGGUUGUUGAAGAGAAGUUGAAGAGGAGAUGGAGAACUUCAUCCUGUAUGACGAGAUUGGAAAAGGCACUAGCACUGUGGUCUACAAAGGAAGAAGAAAGGGAACUCUCAGCUAUGUAGCCAUCAUCUGCACGGACAAAGUCAAGAGACCAGAGAUCACCAACCAUGUACGUCUCAGUCUUGAUCUGGAUCAUCCAAACAUUGUUUCUUUCUAUGAGUGGUAUGAAACAAGUAACCAUCUCUGGCUGGUGGUGGAGCUCUGUACAGGUGGUUCUCUUUACUCAGUAAUCCGCCAGGAUGGGUGUCUGCCAGAAGACGUGGUUAUGAGGUUUGGAUGGGACUUAGUCAAAGGACUUAGAUACAUCCAUGAAUCAGGAAUUGUUUUCUCUGACUUGAAUCCUGCCAAGAUCCUACUGGAUGGUAGUGGUAUUCUGAAACUAAGUAACUUCUGUCUGUCCAAGGCUGAGGGGGAAUCACUGGAAUAUCUAUUUAGCUCACUCUCUACAUCUGAUGGAGCAGAGCAACAAGAUGGCAAAGAAAACUCUGACAACCUGAAGAAAAGACUACAAGGUUCUCCCUUUUACAGUUCUCCAGAGGUUCUGCAGGGAUCAGAAACCAACAUGAGCUCAGAUUUGUGGGCCCUUGGUUGCAUACUCCACUACAUGUACACUGGUGAACCUCCAUUCUAUUCUGAUGGCUACUCUGAACUUACUGAGAUGAUUUUACAUCAAGAACUUAUGCCUCUCAGACAGACAGCCUUGUCACCUAGUCCCCCCAGUGAGGAUCUCCAGGAUCUUCUGAAACGCUUACUUGACAAAAAUCCAGAUAUGAGGAUGGGCUGGCUAGAGUUGUUAGAGCAUCCUUUUUGGACCGAAGUAGUAAUGGAAGAAAUGCAGGAUGACAAAGAGGAAGAUGAGACAGAAGUGAAUGAAAAAGAAGAUCAGGAGAAAGACAAUGGCUUUGAGGGUACUUGUUUGGUAAGCUCAAGUCAAACACAGAUCCUAGACUCUCUCACACCAGAAGACAAAGACCAGCUUGUUUACCACCGCUCGGCCAUCCCCCAGCUAGUCCACAGGACCUCCAACAAACUGGUGCCACCACAGACAACAGCAACAACUCACAGACCUUCUGACAGAGAGACUGAUCCCCAGCACAGUGUCAGACAUACAACCUGUGGGGCCUUAAGGAACAUCCAAGCAAAGGAUAGGGAGGUGGGAAAGGAGUCAGAAGAAGAAGAGGAGGCUGAGACAGAAGAUGAUUCCAAGGCGCCUGCAAACCACCAGAUGUGCCACACUCUGCAACCCAAUAAAUCUUUCACACUAGAUAAAGUAUCAGAGCUCAGACCAAAGAGUGGAGUGGAUGAGGACAACACUGAGGCCAUUUUUCUGCUCAGCUCCCGAGCCAACUUGAGGAGAACGUGCAGUGUCUCAGACUCUCCAAGCCAGACCCCUGCACCCCAGGCCAAUCCUGGUAUGGAUGUCACAUCCAAGCUGAAAUCCCUUCUUCAUACUGAUGCUGACCUGACUGUUACACCAAUAAUGGACAACCCCAAGAUUCUUAAAGGUUCCUCUGUGAAAUUUGACCCCAAAAGCCUCUGUGUCCCAGCAUAUUCCGUUGAGAAGCUGAAGUCUCUAAGUGACAAAGAGUGGACAGUCUUCCUCCAGCAGCUCUGCUCAUCUCUUGAAGACCAGAAUCCCUCCGCUCCUAUAUCCUCAAAGGCCACUCGCUCUAAACUCAACCUACUGUGCUACCUCUGCUGUGUGGGUGGCCAUGAAGCUGUCGCUAACAGGCUGAUUAACUCAACAUUGCUUCCAGUAUUGACCCAGCAGUUACGGCAAGCUCCCAACUGGGAUGUGAGGAGCAAGGCUCUCAGAGUAAUGGGUCUUCUUGCUCUGCACUGCAGCCAGCUUGGAGAAAGCAGUCCUAUAUCUGAGGUUGUGUCCACAAUAACGGAUCUGCUGAGGGAGAACCUGCGGAACAGUAGAGUGAAACAGUUCCUGCUGCCGCCACUAGGGGAGUUCCUCUACCUCAUUGCCUCUCAGGAGAAGAAGAGAGGUUCCCCAGAGGGACUGUGGUUCGUUCCCGCUGCCGCCUACACUGGCUUAAUGAGGAGCCUGCGGGAAGGGGAUGACUCCAUAGUUCAUCACAUGGCUGCAAAAGCCAUCGAGAACAUUUCUACCGCUAUCUCUGACUGCUUCCACCCCAUGGUAACUCCAGAGAUAGGCUCCGCCCUGUGGUACCUGUUCACUCACUCCGCUGUGGAGGCUGUCAGAGUCACUGCCAUCUCUUCUCUUUCUAGACUAGCCCGGGUGGUCCCAGCAGUCUUCUUGGCAGUGAUUGACACAUGUGGCCCUGCAGCUAUUUUGGAGGGUGUUGCUGGAGCAGGGGCCAAGGUGCAGCAGCACCUGCUCACUGCAAUGGCUAGUGCCCUUCUCACCUCACGCAGCCAAACAAACCGGUUCACACAGAACAAGGAUUUGUUGUUGAAGGUGCUGCGUUUUCUAGAGAGUCCAUCCACAGUAACAAGAGCCAAAACAUUUCUACUGCUUCUUGUGCUAAUACAGGACAACACAUACACGCUGCUGUACUGCUGUCAACACAGACUUAUGAUGUACCUGGAGAAAGAUCUGCGCAAAGCCAUUCCUCUCAAAGAGAAUCACAACCAGUCAGGAUACCUGUCGCAGUGUUUGGAUUUGCUGACUGUAUAUCUGACCAGCUCUGCACCGCUGAUACUUGAUGAGGUCUUACGUGCUCUACAAGUUGUGAUUGGGAGGAGACACCCAUCCACAGUUCAGAGCAAACAGCUGAAACACACUCUGCCAACCAUGUCUGUUGUGCUUGAUCUUGUUUCAUCACAGGCCUUAAGAUGUCAAAUGGUUACUGAAGAUUUUCUUGCUAAAAUGGGAUUGCUGCUGGGAUAUAUCACAUCUAUAGAGUCCAAUGAAACAAAUCUGACCAGUGCUUUAGGUGCAGCAGUAUGUGAGGAGUUGAUAAGGACAUCACUGUCCAUCAUGGAAGUGCUGAGCCAGCACCAUGCUCUCAUCUCUCCACAGCAGGAAAUUGUUGUAGAUGCCAUCCUGCCUCCUUUGACAACACUGGCUUUCAGCAGAAAUGUGGAGUGGUCUGUGUUUGCUUUGAGGGUGCUGUCUGAGCUCAGUCUUGCCCUGCUUGUCCGGAAGAGUGAUGAAGAUGAGGAGUACAUAAAGAGUGAGGGAGGAGAGGACAGAGAAGGUGCAGCAGAGCAAGGAGCUAAUGGAAGCUGCUGUAGUCAAAUAUUGGCUGUUAUCAGUGAAUCGCUGCUUCCCAGGUAUGAGUCUCUUCUUCGAGCAGCAGAGCCGAUCCAACUCUACGCACUCAAACUGCUGCUGUCUCUGACUGAACACAGCAUGCAGAUGUGCAGAUUGAUCAAACACAGCAGGAUCCUACCACUGGUCCUUCAGCUCAUUACGGCUAACUGGGAAAGUGGUAAUGCUGGCCUAGUCCAAAACGCAGUUGCCCUGAUGUGUAAUCUUGGCGGAGUGGAGCCACUGCACCACCAAGGCCUGAUAGAGAUGCUGGUGAGAACUCUCUCUGAGGCGGCUCAAGUCCACCUGCAUGAAGAGGGAUAUACUGAGAGGAAAGUCGGCCAUCUUGUGUUACAGGCCCUACUGGAACUGCUUCACAACAUCCUAAAACAGAUGUCUGUUGUUGUCCGCUCUGCACUACAGAGCCAGAGGCUAUCUUGUCCAGCAGUGGAGACGAAGGAAGCAGAGAAGCUGCUCCAAGAAAACCAACCCCUGAGCCAACUCAGCACACUCCUCAUUCACAUGAUUACCACUGAGAACCAGGAGGUGUGGGAGGAGUCAAUUCUCUGCCUGUCUCUCCUGGUCCAGCUGUAUGGGGGAAAUGGAUACAACUGCCUGUCAUCAUCCUGUUUGCAGAGGUUUUCACAUGUGCUGCGCACAAACAUGCACACAGAGACCCCCAGAGUCCAACGCACAAUACUGAGAAUCAUCAAACGACUGGUGGAGACUGCGAAGAGACCUGACUGGUUUGAUUGUCCUGAAGGAACAGAGCUGAUCAGUCUGCUGAGAGAUAUAACUACAUCCAACAGGUGUCAUGUUGAUGUUGUUUCCCUGGCUGAUGAAAUCCUCCACCACAUCUCUGCACUGUAAAGCUUCACAUCUCCAAAUAUUUAACUAACUAGAAAGAAUUCAGACCUCUCUGGAUCUUUAUUUAUUCAUGGAAAAAUGUCUUUGUAGAAUUUCUGUCUCGUUCUGUCCAAGUGUUGCUUCUUUUUUAAUA